AUGUUGGGAAAGACGGCCAUCGUCAACGCGCUCGUGAGCGCCGUCUCUGCGGGUACCAUCCUGUGGGACGGACGCUUCAACGACAUGACGACCAGCGCCGACCUUGAAAAAUGGUCCUGGGCAAACCAAGUUGGCAACUACCAAUACUACAUCCACGGAUCCGGCCCUACCUCGCGAUACGUCAACCUCUCUCCCAACUACAAGAACCCCGGCGACACAGGCAGCAAGCAAGGCGCCAAGAUCACCAUCGACAGCACGGCCAAGUGGAACAGCGACAUGUGGAGGACAGAGCUGAUUCCCCAGACCAAAGCCCCCAUCAACCAGGGAACCGUCUUCUACCACUUCUCCAUCAAGCGCUCCAGCACAAACGUGCCCAGCGCCACCAACGAGCACCAGAUUGCGUUUUUCGAGAGCCACUUUACCGAGCUCAAGUAUGGCUGGAUUAGCGGCGAGUCUGGAACCAGCAACACCAACCUGCAGUGGAUGGUCAGCGGGCAGAGCAAGUGGAAGACGGAGCUCAAGGCCGACGAGUGGCACAACGUGGCAUACGAAAUCAACUUUUCCUCCAACCAGGUGACCUUCUGGCACUCGACUGGCAACAACACGCUUGCCAAGACCGCCGGGCCCUUUUCCACCGGCACGUCGUCCAACGGCGCUGACUGGCAUCUUGGUGUUUUGCGUCUGCCUCGCCAGGGCAACGAUGGCACGGGCGCUGAGGACUGGUACUUUAGCGGUACAUAUGUCGAGAGCGGCCCAAUUACCACGUCGGUUGCUAGUCCGGCGUCUUGA